UGUUGAUGCUUCCAAAACGAAUAAAGGGGCCUCUCUGGGCCCCCCUCCAUCAUGGGCCCCUAGAAUCCGUCUCCUUUACCCCCCCUUUUCGGCGCCCCUGCCCCUGCCCCUACGGAUUGGUUGAGAGUGGUCACGUGACUCAAUUUUACAACCCAGCUCCGAGUGUAUUCAUUUACAAGACGAAGAAGAAGAAGAUUGUCUUGACUCGGACACCAUUUUGGUCGAGUGUCAGUCAAGAUUUUCGACACAAAACUUUUAUUUUGAAACAAUGAGCAUUCCGGUGGUGGACUUCGGCGUGUGCAGCCUUAAAGUGCAGGACACCUCCCGCGCAAACUUGGAGCCUCUGAGCAGAGACUUAAAGACAGCUUUCACCGAAGUGGGCUUCGUCUUCUUGGACAACACCGGCAUCACCCAGGCGGAGGUGGAUGAUGUCAUGGACGCUUCCAGGAGGUUCUUCCUGCUGCCAGACCACCUGAAGCAGCCAUUGAGCAGGAAGACAUUCCCAAACUCUCCCAACCACGGCUGGGUAUCCCUGGAAACUGAAAGGUUAAACCCACUAAAGCCUGGAGACCUAAAAGAAGCGUUCAACAUGUCCUCACUGCAUCGUGACAUAAAAUGGCCCUCCCCUGAGGUUGCGGCGGGAUUCCGGGAGACCCAGACGGCCUUUUUCCAUCGCUGCAAAGAGCUGAGUCUGCGGAUUCUGAAGGUGAUGGCCCACAGUCUGGACCUGGACCCCGACGUGUUCCUGAGCGCUCACCGCCUGAUCGGAGCCGAUGAGAACUCAACGACGCUGCGUUCGCUGUACUACCCGCCGGUCAACAGAGAACUGGCCAAGGAGGGCCAGCUGAGGUGUGGCGAGCAUUCCGACUACGGGAGCAUCACCUUGUUGUUCCAGGAUUCUGAAGGUCUGCAGGUGCGCCAACGCUCAGGUGAGUACACCUGUGCUCCUUGUGUGCCCGGGGCGGUUCUCGUUAACAUCGCCGACCUCAUGCAGCGCUGGACCAGUGACCGCUUUGUCUCUGUGCUCCACAAGGUCUUGCUGCCCCCUGCUGGCGACUGCAGUACACGACAGUCUCUGGCUUUCUUCGUGCAGCCGGACGACGAGGCCAUCAUCACCUGCAUCGACGGAUCCAACAAGUACCCCCCAGUCACGGGGGGCGCUUACCUCACCGAGCGGUUUGGCGACUCCUAUGGCCAGGCUUGACACAUGUAUUAGCAUUAGCAUAUUUGCAAACUUUGAGACAAAUCGAGGCAAUCGAAAGCUUUUUGCGCACAAGAGCGGGUCCAAAACUGUGUCAUAAAGUGCUUAUUAGCCCGCGGGACAAUCAUUAGCAUUCCAAUAUUAGCAUGAUAGCUUUUUUUUGGUGCUAAUUUUGCAGGUAUACACCUCGGCGUCAAAUAUUUUGUUAGUUGAUGAAUGAUACCUGUUAGCAUGCUAACGUUAGUAUGCUAGCUUUUAUUAAGCUAAUUUUGUAGGCAUGCACCAUUGUUACUUGAUGCAUGCUAAUGUUAGAAGGCUAGCAUUUGAAACUAUUUUUAACCCUUGUGUGGUGUUCGGGUCUGUGGCAGUGACGUGCGGUGAGGUUCAUGGCUGGUGAGGCACUGACUUCAUCACAGUCAGAUUUACAAACAUAUGAACCCAAAAGAGUAUCUUAUUCACCAUUUGAUUGGCAGCAGUUAUGUUUAAAAUCUCAUACCAGCAUUCUUCCCUGCUUGGCACUCAGCAUCAAGGGUUGGAAUUGAGGGUUAAAUCACCAAAAAUUAUUCCUGGGCGCGGCGCCGCUGCUGCCCACUGCUCCCCUCACCUCCCAGGGGGUGAUCAAGGGGAUGGGUCAAAUAAAGAGGACACAUUUCAUUACACCUAGUGUGUGUGUGACAAUCAUUGGUACUUUAACUUAACUUUAACUUUACACAUACAAACUGUAGCACACAAAAAAGCACAUUUAAUUAAAAAAACGUUAUGGUCUUACCUUUACUUAUAAAUGAAGUCCAUGCGUCUCUGUUGUGCUGGAUUAAUGCACCCCCGCCGUAAAAUAGAUAGAUAGAUAGAUAGAUAGAUAGUACUUUAUUGAUUCCUUCAGGAGAGUUCCCUCAGGAAAAUUAAAAUUCCAGCAGCAGUGUACAGAAUUGAGAUCGAAUUUAAAAAAGUAAAUAAUGGGGGUAUAAAUGGAAACAAAAUAGAAAAAUAUUACAGUAGAAUAAAAACAAAAAGCAUCAAUGAGAAUACAAAUAUAACAGUAAAGUAAAAAUAUAACAAGAGAAACUAGGCAUUAGUGACAAUGUUAUGAAAACGUAUUACACUGUUAUUGUUUUGCAUCCCCCGUCAUUCUAGUACCCCCCUCCCUCCCAGAGAGGAGUUGUACAGUCUAAUGGCGUGUGGGACAAAGGAGUUUUUUAGUCUGACGGGAGUGUUAUAUCUACUAAAGCCCACACUUGAACUUUCCACGUGCAAGAUUGAAUCUAUUUAAAAAAG